GCUGCACCGGCCUCGGCCGCCGCCGCCCAGCUCCGCCGCCGCCCGCGCUCGGGGCCGCAGUCAGACCCGCCGGCCCCCGGCGUCAUGAAUCUGCACCAGGUGCUGACGGGGGCCGUGAACCCCGGCGACCACUGCUUCUCCGUGGGCAGCCUCCGCGCGCGGCCCGUCACGGUUUAUGCAUCAGGAUGUGAUAUUGUGGUACUGGGGACUGAUUUUGAAAGAUUACAAAUAAUCCCUGGAGCAAAACAUGGAAAUAUUCAAGUGGGAUGUGUGGACUGUUCUAUGCAACAAGGCAAGAUUGCAGCUUCUUAUGGAAACGUUAUUUGUAUCUUUGAACCAGUUACCCUUCUAAAACAGAAGAACAAUCACCAUACUGGGUUACAUUAUCAGUGGCAGAAGACUGCUCAAAUUUUACUGGAAUCUAUUGCACAUAACUUAACAUGGGAUCCUACAGGCACUCGUCUCUUGACUGGUUCCAGCUCUCUGCAGCUCUGGUCCAAUGUUCAUUUGGAAGAUGGAAAUGCUGAAAAAACAGAUGCUGGCUCAGGGGAAUGGAGGUGUAUCUGGCAAUGCAAAACCGCUUCCCAAGUUUGUUUAAUGAAAUUUUCACCAGACGGAGAAUUCUUUGCUACUGCAGGAAAGAAUGAUUGUCUUGUGAAAGUGUGGUAUAAUACAGAUAGUUGGCGAUCAGCAGUAACACCUCCAGGUGCUACUCCAGAAAAACAAGCUUCAGAAAUUGAUUUUUCAUUUGUUUAUUUGUCCCAUCCUCGAUCUGUAAAUGGAUUCUCAUGGCGGAAGACAAGCAAGUACAUGCCACGUGGUGCUGUGUGUAAUGUACUUCUGACUUGCUGCAAAGAUAAUGUGUGCCGUCUGUGGGCAGAGACUUUGUUACCAAAUGAUAGUCUAUUGUAUGGUGGUGAAUACAACCAUUGGACUGAACCAGUGAACUUGACCAAUAACUUCAAAAGAAAUGCUUCUAGUAAGGAACGAAUGCAAAAUGCCUUAGAGGUAAAUCUGAAACACUUCCGGCGAGGAAAGAGAAGGUCAGGUGCAGUCACAGCCCAUACUGGAUACUCACCACAUCAGCAAGAUCCUCAUGAAGUUCAUCGAAACACUCCUUUGCAUGCAAAUGCACUCUGCCACUUCCAUAUUGCUGCCAGUAUCAACCCAGCUACAGACAUUCCUUUACUCCCUUCAAUCACGUCUUUGAGUCUCAGUGAAAAUGAAGAGAAAAGCGGGCCUUUUGUUGUGCAUUGGCUCAACAAUAAAGAGCUGCAUUUUUCCUUGUCCAUGGAAGUAUUUUUACAACAGAUUAAAAAGAAUUUUGAACAACAUUCUUCAGAGACCAGCACUGAAGAGUCUAAUCAGAUAGAUGGCAAAUCAGAUGAAGAAGCUGAUGAAAAUGUGGGAGAUCAAAAAGCAAACCAAGAAAAGAAGGAACUGAGUGAUGAAAGAGCUGUUCCGAAUUCAAGUUUUGUUCCUUUAUCUUCUGCUGCUAUUGAUCAUGAGAUUGAAAUACUACUGACUGAAUGGAGUAAAAAUGCUGACAUGCUCUUUAGUAUUCAUCCUAUGGAUGGGUCAUUGCUGGUAUGGCAUGUGGACUGGCUAGAUGAAUACCAGCCUGGUAUGUUUCGCCAGGUGCAGGUAUCCUUUGUUUCAAGAAUUCCAGUAGCUUUUCCAACAGGUGAUGCAAAUUCUCUUUGCAGAAGUAUAGUGAUGUAUGCUUGUACCAAGAAUGUUGACCUGGCUAUUCAACAAGGCAAACACAAGCCAUCUGGUCUUACACGCUCCUCAUCUAUGCUUAUCUCUUCUGGCCACAGUAAAUCGACCAACAGUUUAAAAUUAAGUAUCUUCACUCCUAAUGUUAUGAUGAUUUCCAAACACGCAGAUGGUUCUUUGAACCAAUGGCUAGUUAGUUUUGCAGAGGAAUCUGCUUUUUCAACGGUGCUGAGUAUUUCGCAUAAAUCCCGAUAUUGUGGUCACCGUUUUCAUCUAAAUGACUUGGCUUGUCAUUCAGUACUACCAUUGCUGCUUACAACCUCACAUCAUAAUGCUUUAAGGACACCAGAUGUUGAUAGCACCAAACAGAUAAAUGACUCUUUAAAUUCUGGUGAGUCUCAUUUAAGACCUCAAAAUACAGGAACUGCAAGUGUAACAUCGCAGGAUCCCAAUGCCAUUUACAGUGAGCUUAUUCUUUGGAGGGUUGAUCCAGUUGGGCCUUUAUCCUUUUCUGGUGGAGUUUCUGAACUUGCACGAAUAAACUCUCUUCAUGUUUCGGCGUUUUCGAAUGUGGCAUGGCUGCCUACCCUCAUACCUAGUAACUGUUUAGGGGCCUACUGCAAUUCUCCGAGUGCUUGCUUUGUGGCAAGUGAUGGGCAGCAUUUAAGAUUAUAUCAAGCUAUAAUAGAUGCUAAGAAACUUCUGUGUGAGCUCUCCAAUCCUGAAAUUUCUAAAUACGUUGGUGAAGUUUUUAACAUCAUAAGUCAACAAUCUACUGCUAGGCCAGGAUGCAUCGUAGAGUUGGAUGCCAUUACAGAACUUCGUGGCAGAAAAACACAACUUCUUCACGUUUUUCACGAAGACUUCAUUUUGAAUAACCGGGAGGAGAAAAUGCCUGGAAAGAAGAAUGAUUUAUCAGCAUCUGGAAACUUGCAAAAUGGAUUCUCAGAAAAAUUUUACUUAAUAGUAAUUGAAUAUACUCAAAACUGCUCAUUAUUACACAUGUGGAAUUUACACUUGAAGUCCAUUCCAGUGUCAGUCGUUGAGAAGAGAGCCUCCAAAAGAGAGCCUGAAACAACAAAGCAUCAAGAAGAGCUGCAUUCCUCACCUACAGAUCCAGAAAAGGUCCAGUCUCCCUUCACACAAAAAUAUCAGGCCUGUAAAGCAAACCUUCAAAGCACCAGUCGCCUUACUCUCUCUUCAAAAAUGGUUUAUAGUCAAGAGUUGAGUUUACCAGAAGGAGUGGAGAUAAUAAGUGUUAAGCCAUCAGCAGGACACUUGAGUUCAUCUUCCAUAUAUCCGGUUUGUCGUGCACCUUAUCUACUAGCAACUUUAUGCUCUGAUGGCAAAGUUAGGUUCUGGAGAUGUAGAGUGACAGAGUCAGUAGCUUCUUCCAUGCCAGAAUAUAGUGACGUUAUAUAUAUGUGGGAAGAAUGGCCAUUACUUAUCGAGGAUGGAUUUCUUAGUAGUAGUGCUGUUAAUGUUCCAGGAAAACCAAUUGAAGUUAGCUGUGCACACACAAAUAGAUUAGCUGUUGCAUACAAGCAGGUAGUCCCUAAAAAUAGUCGCUUUUCUCAAGACUUCAUGAUUAAUGUUAGUAUUUUUGAAUGUGAAUCUACAGGAGGUUCAUGUUGGAUUCUGGAACAGACUCUUCAUUUAGAUGAAAUAGGCACAACAUUAGAUUCUGCUAUAAGUAUUGACAGCAAUUUAAUGGAGUAUAAUAAACAGGAAGUUUGUUUAUCUGGUAAUGGGAAAACUCCAUCAAGCACAAAGCACUUGGUUCACUUAGACUGGAUGUCUAGAGAAGAUGGUUCACAUAUCCUAACAGUAGGCAUUGGAUCAAAGCUUUAUAUGUUUGGUCAGCUGGCUGGAAAGGUGCAAGAACAAAAUGGUGUGGAGAGUGUUGCUUUGCCACUAUGGGAAACGGCAAAAGUUACACCCCUUUCUAGGUUUGUGUUGCUACGAUGUGUGGACUUAAUUUCUUCAGUAGAAGGAUCACCUCCUUGUCCAAUUUCUUUGUCUUGGGUUCGUGAUGGCAUUCUUGUAGUUGGGAUGGAUUGUGAAAUGCACGUUUAUUCUCAGUGGCAGCCUCCUUCAAAACAAGAGACAGUUGCUACAGACUCUUACCGUGGAAGCACACCAUCUAUAACUAGCUUAAUGAAACAAAGCCAGUCAGCUGGUUCUGGCCUUCAUCCACCAAAGCGAACCUUAACCAGAUCCAUGACCAGCCUUGCACAGAAGCUUAGUGGAAAGAAAACAAUAUUUGAUAUCCCUAUGGAUAUGGAGGAUUCUGGACUUUUUGAAGCAGCACAUGCAUUAUGUCCCACUUUACCUCAAUACCACCCUUUUCAGCUUUUGGAGCUCAUGGAUCUUGGUAAAGUGCGGAGAGCAAAGGCUAUCCUAUCCCAUUUGGUUAAAUGCAUUGCUGGGGAAGUUGUUGCUGUAAAUGAAUCUGAAUCUAAUCAUGAUCGGCGACUUAGAUCUCUCACAAUCAGUGCUAGUGGAAGCACUGCUAGAGAUCCCAAGACAUUCAACAAAACAGAAAAUACGGAUUACACAGAAAUAGAUUCUGUUCCACCACUCCCUUUGUAUGCACUGCUUGCUGCAGAUGAUGACUGUUCCCAUUCCUGUUCAGAAAAGUCCAAUCAUAAAAAUAACUUAAGUAAACAAAAUGAUGUACCAGAUGAAAAUUAUGAAGAUCUUUUUCAGAGCUCCAGUUUAAGUACAGAUGAUCUCACCAUGUUUGAGGCAGAUGAAGAUAAUACAAAACCAAAGGUCAUUGAUCUUUCUCAAUAUGGCCCAACAUACUUUGGACUGGAACAUGCCCAGGUUCUUUCUCGCCACUUGCUUCAUUCAAGUUUACCAGGUCUCACUAGGAUGGAACAGAUGUCACUGAUGGCAUUGGCAGAUACAAUUGCCACUACUAGUACUGAUAUAGGAGAAAGCAGAGAUAGAAAUCAGGGUGGAGAAACACUUGAUGAAUGUGGUUUAAAAUUCCUUUUAGCUGUUCGGCUUCACACGUUUCUGACCACCUCGCUUCCUCCUGUGCAUAGAGCCCAGCUGCUUCGCCAAGGUUUAUCUACUAGUCACUUCGCCUGGGCAUUUCAUUCAGUAGCAGAAGAAGAACUACUGAACAUGCUUCCUGCAAUGCAGAAAGGAGAUCCAACUUGGUCAGAACUCAGAGCCAUGGGUGUAGGAUGGUGGGUUCGAAAUAUCCAUACAUUGCGCAGAUGCAUAGAGAAGGUAGCUAAAGCAGCCUUUCAGAGGAACAACGAUCCACUUGAUGCAGCCAUUUUUUACCUUGCGAUGAGAAAGAAGGCUGUGAUUUGGGGAUUAUACAGGUCCCAAAAAGAAGCUAAGAUGACACAGUUUUUUGGAAACAAUUUUACUGAAGAUAGAUGGCGUAAAGCAGCAUUAAAGAAUGCUUUUUCUUUGCUGGGCAAACAGCGUUUUGAACAUUCUGCAGCAUUUUUCUUGUUGGCUGGUCAUUUAAAAGAUGCAGUUGAGGUCUGCCUUGAAAAGCUGAAUGAUAUUCAGCUGGCUCUUGUAAUAUCAAGGCUCUAUGAAUCAGAGUUUGAAGUAUCCAGUACUUACAAAUCUAUACUACAGAAGAGGAUUUUGGGAAGUUCAUUUCACGGGAAAGAGAGUUCAUCCAGCAUACACAAUGAUCCCUUUCUACGAAGUAUGGCUUAUUGGAUUUUGCAAGAUUACAGGAGGGCUCUUGAUACUCUAAUUAAGCAGCCUAUUGGAGAUGAUGGUGAUGGACAUACCUCAUCAAGUUGUAACCCUGCAGUGUUUAAUUUCUAUAACUAUCUAAGGACGCACCCACUCCUGUUGAGACGCCAUUUUGGCUCUUCUGAUGCACCUUCCACACAUAUAUGCUUAACUGUAGAAAAUGGACUAGCAGAUAAAAUCAAUCUAGGGGAAAGAAGGUUGUUCUUCACUACAGCAUAUGCUCAUUUAAAAACUGGCUGUCCCAUGUUAGCUCUGGAAGUGUUAUCAAAGAUGCCAAAAGUGGUCAAGAACUCAAAGUCUUUUUGUAGAACUCCUAGCUUAAUAGAUAGUAGUAAAGACUACUCACCAUCUUCUCCAGUAAGAUUAGAAGCUCAAGAUAGAUCUUCUCUUGUUGAUGGGUCACAACCAGUUCUAAAUGGUUUAGGAUCACCUUCAGAUGCUUCAUCUGAUAAGCAGUCAAGCUCAGUUCUUUCUUUUGACUGGAGCCAGCCAAGUUUAGUAUUUCAAGAUGAACCUUUGGAACUAAAGUGGGACAGUGACAAAGAUGAGGAAAGUGAAGAUUCUUCUCUUAUAAUGAAAGAGCUGAAACCCAGACCCAAGACCAGUGAAAAGCUAGAUGAAACUAGUUCCAGCUACACAGGAUCUUUCAGUGCACUUGAUGAAACUGAUAUUUUAAGUCCAUCUGAAGAUGUUAUUUCAGCACAUUUGAAGUUUAGAGCAUGUUUGAAAAUUCUCACCGUAGAGCUUCGUACACUGUCAACGGGUUAUGAGGUAGAUGGCGGGAAGCUGAGGUACCAGCUUUAUCAUUGGCUUGAAAGGGAAGUGGUAGCUCUUCAAAAAACCUGUGACUACAGUGCUGAAGUAGAGGAGAUGAAAUCUGGGAUUAGUGUGGUAGACGAAAUUGCAUUAAGUGAAAAUACUGAAGAGUCACCUGACCAACAAAAAGCUAUGAUUCAGAGAGAGAAUUUUCUAACAAGACAGCAAUGGCUUCUAAAAUACCAGUCACUCCUGAGAAUGUUCCUUAGUUACUGUAUACUUCAUGGAUCUCAUGGUGGAGGAUUGGCAUCUGUGAGGAUGGAAUUGAUUUUACUUUUACAAGAAUCUCAGCAGGAACAGUCUAUACAAAUUCCUUCCAGUCCUCUGCGAGAACAGAAUUCUAUACCACUUCUAUUUGCUUGUACAGCCAGUGCCAAAACAGUGGUGGCCAAUCCAUUACUGCACCUCAGUAACCUGACCCAUGAUAUACUACAUGCCAUAAUAGACCUUGAUUCACCACCUCAUCCAGAUGUCCAGAAUAACAAAAUAUAUGUAAUGCAUACUUUGGCAGCAUCACUCUCUGCUUGCAUCUAUCAGUGCCUUUGUGGUGGCCACAGCUACAGCUCAUUACAAGCAAACCAGUUCACUGGAACAGUGUACCAAACACUCUUGCUUACCCAGCGCCAUUCAUUAAAAGCAGCAAGCUUAGAUGAAACCGUAACUCCAAAUACACCACCAGCUCAGUGGCCAGGAAUUACAGCUUUAAUACGGCUUUUGAAUUCUGCUGGGGAGGAAGCCCAGCCAUCACUCACAGUUUUACUCUGUGAAAUUCUAACAUCAGUCUAUCUUAGUCUGUUCAUAAAUGGCCUAGCAACACAUUCCAGUAAUGAGUUGUACAGGAUUAUGGCCCAUCCACUCAAUGACAAAAUGUGGUCUGCUGUCUUUGGAGGUGGAGCUCAUAUUUCUAGCAGAGGACAGACGCAACUGAGAACAAAAACUGUUUCUUCCCCUGUAGAUGAUGGUGAAAAACAACAGAAACGUUUUAGACUUUCCUCAAAAUUGUCUCCAAAAGAGUGUCCCCAGUCUCCGUCAUCACCAACGGUGGAACAGGGAUCUCCACAUUACAGGGAAAAGUUUAUUCCUCCCGAACUUAGUAUCUGGGACUAUUUCAUAGCAAAGCCUUUUCUUCCAUCCUCACAAAGUCGAGUAGAAUAUGAUUCAGAGGAGAGCCAAGGAAGUGAUGAUGAUGAGGAGGAGGAUGAGGAAGAUGUUUUUGCAUCAGACUCACAACUUCAGGAGCAUUCUAAUUCAAAUUCAUACAGUUGGUCACUGAUGAGAUUGACUAUGAUUCAGAUGGUGCUUCAUAAUUUGAAGACUUUCUAUCCCUUGGCUGGACAUGAUCUUUCAGAACUUCCAGUUAGCUCCCCGCUGUGUCACGCAGUCCUAAAGACACUUCAGCGCUGGGAGCAAGUUCUUCUCCGACGGCUUGAGUUAUACGGUGGCCCCCCUCAAAAUUUUAUUUCAGUUCAUGCACCUGAGGAAGCAUUAUCUGCAGGUCCUGCACUCCUUCGCCACAAGGUUUUGCUUGAACCUACAAACACUCCUUUCAGCAGAUCUAAAAGUCAUGUUGCAUUGUCUGUGAAGAGACUUUGGCAGUACCUGGUUAAGCAGGAAGUAAUCCAGGAAACGUUUAUCCGAAAUAUAUUUACGAAGAAAAGAUGCCUCAGUGAGUCAUUAGAGGACCACAGUGAAACCAUCAAAAAUUCUAUGAUGGAGGAGCCCAUCAACAAUAAGAUAGAAACAGAUCUGGGAUAUCCAGGAGGUAAAGCACGAAUUAUUCAUAAAGAGUCUGACAUCAUUACUGCUUUUGCAGUCAAUAAAGCAAAUCGGAACUGCAUUGCCAUAGCUUCCAGCCACGACAUUCAAGAACUAGAUGUUUCUGGGAUUCUAGCUACACAAAUCUAUACGUGGGUUGACGAUGAAAUAGAAACUGAAACUAAAGGGUCUGAUGACUUUUUGGUUGUACAUGCUCGUGAUGAUCUGUCAACUGUUCAGGGUACUACACCUUAUACUCACAGCAAUCCUGGCACCCCUAUAAACAUGCCUUGGCUUGGUAGUACGCAGACUGGUAGAGGUGCAUCUGUGAUGCUCAAGAAGGCUAUUAAUAAUGUCAGAAGAAUGGCUUCCCACCCAACUCUACCAUAUUACCUGACAGGCGCUCAGGAUGGUAGCGUGAGAAUGUUUGAAUGGGGCCAUGCACAACAAAUUACAUGUUUCCGCUCUGGUGGCAAUUCAAGGGUAACACGGAUGAGAUUUAAUCAUCAGGGAAAUAAGUUUGGGAUUGUUGAUGCUGAUGGAUAUAUAAGUUUAUACCAGACAAACUGGAAGUGUUGUCCACAUACUGGAAUCACCCCCAAACCAUAUCUGACAUGGCAGUGUCAUAACAAAACCACCAAUGAUUUUGUUUUCAUCAGUUCCUCUUCUUUGAUAGCCACAGCUGGACAGUCUACUGACAACAGAAAUAUAUGUUUAUGGGAUACGUUGGUUGGUCCUGCAAAUUGUUUAGUGCACGCUUUUGUGUGCCAUGAUAGUGGGGCAACUGUAUUAGCAUAUGCUCCAAAACAUCAGCUUUUAUUAUCAGGCGGCAGAAAAGGAUUUACCUGUGUCCUUGAUCUUCGACAAAAGCAACAACGACAGCUUUUUCAGAGUCAUGAUUCUCCAAUUAAAGCAAUUGCAGUGGAUCCUACAGAAGAAUAUUUUGUUACAGGAUCUGCAGAGGGCAACAUAAAGGUAUGGAGUUUAUCCACCUUUAAUCUUCUGCAUACAUUUGUCAAUGAGCAUGCUCGACAGUCCAUCUUCAGAAACAUUGGGACAGGAGUCAUGCAAAUUGAAACCGGACCAGCAAAUCACAUAUUCUCCUGUGGAGCUGAUGGGACAGUAAAGAUGAGAAUCUUGCCUGAUAGAUUUAGCCCAUUUAAUGAAGUGUUAAAAAAUGAUGUGAAACUUAUGCUGUAAUGUUUUUGUCAAUACUGUACAUAACUUUUCAGAAAAUAUUUUCCAUGGAAGUGGCCAACAAAUGUAAUGUACAAUGAUAUCUGGUGCCACAAAAAAUUGAUUUUAUGUUAAUAUUUAUUUUCUGAAGCUUUAGUCCCUGAUGCACUGAUGCCUUAAAGAUUAACAGGCUCCUUUAGACUUUGAUUUAUAUUGCCUAAAGUAGAAACUAUAAUUGACUCUGUAAAAUUAUAUAUAUACACACAUAUAUAUUUAUAACAUGCUGAAGAUGUUACUGAAGUGUUUCACUUUUUUCCUUUUGUGAUAACCUCCACUCAAUGCCUUCAAGCACAAUGUCUUCUCAUACAUGACACCAGUCUUCUCUGAAGCCAGGUCCAAAGGGAAGCCUUACAUUACAUGUCCCUUUAUUGUGGCAACCAUAAAACCUUCUCCUCUAGAUCUUUCACUUUCACUUUAACUCCUAGUCAACUGGAGUAAGUAUUUGCACCUUUUUGACUGGGAAUUGAACAAAUCUGUUUGGGAAGAAAAUACUCAUGGUACACCAGGGACUAGCCACACAGAGGUGUUCAUUAAAUGAGCCACUAUCGCACUCCCAGUCCUGGAAUCCAGGCUUCUUGCCCUGAUCUUUCCUUUGACUUAGGGUAGAAGAAACUGAAGGAUAUUCUGUAACUUUUCUAUGUGAUAGCUUGAAUCACUGCCAUCAGGAUGGCAGACUUAUCUUUUUAAAAGUCUAUUUUUAACCCUGAAACACUCCCUUUCAAAAAUAUUGUAAAUAUUAUGUGGAUAUCUUCCUAAUAAAAAUAUUUAAAGAUGAUGUGUGUGAAGCUUUCCUCUUGAACAAACUAACUACAUGAAGGUAUUGAUCAGGAUAAGGAAUUUAGAUUUUUUUCUUUAAAGUGUAUUUAUUUAAGCACCUGUAAAAGAGAAAACAACUAACUAAAAAAAAAUACAUUUUUUCCAGUGACUUUGUUUUAACCCAAAGAUACUGAAUUUGUUUCCAGCACUUAACUUGUUUUUUGUCUAAUUUUAAUUUUUUUUUAAAUCAGCAACAAAGUACUUUACUGCUUCAGUUGUAUAAAAUAUACUCUAGAUUUACAUAUGAUAUAAAAAAUAAAGACUAUAUAUAUUGAAGUAAGAGGGUGUCUAGGCUUUAUUUGCCAAAUGUAAAAUUGCAUAGAUGUUUGACCAAAAUAUUAAAUGCGCAAAGCCUUUUAAAACUUUUUGAAAAAUAGCUAAAGCUAUGUCUGUGACUAUUUUGAGUUAUGCUUUUUGUGAUUUAUUUAAAAAUGUAGAUAGCUUGAUAAAUGCUUGAUUUAUAAACUAGGUAUGAAGCUGACUCUGGUUACUUGAAUGCAAAUGGUGUAAUUUUUUGCUAAAAGGUAUUUUGUGAAAUAAAUAUGACAACUAUUUAAUGUAAAAUAAACUCUCAGAUUGAGGCCUAUUGGCUUAAAUAAAGCAUAGAAAUGAAGGGCUUACAAAAUGAACUUCGUAGUAUUCUCAGGAUACUUUUAUCUUCAAAGUAUAAUUGUCUAACAAGAUUUUGUAAAUUGAAUUACGAUGAUUUUAAAUGUGAAUUGAGCAAGUUGCAGUGCAAACAUUAAGUCGAGGGUUUUUAUGCACAUGACCUGAACUUACAAAUUUGUGCAAUAACAAAAUGUGAAUAUUUUUGCCAUGGAUAGACCUGUGACAGCAUUUCAAAAAAAUAAUACAACUACUUCCAUAGUAAUGUUUUUAAUUUCUUCCUCAAUGUUCUGUUCUUGGAUUGAGACCAAGUACAGUAAAAGACCAGAAAACUCACUGUCUAAAAAUGGCACAGCUUUAUUGACAACAGAUCUGCUCAAUGUGUGCAUUGUAUCUGCUUAGUGACUGCAUUUGUAAUACUGCUUAUCAUUAGUAAGGUAACAAAACUCAGGGGCUCACCCCUAACAAAAUUUAGCUAAAAUCCUAUAAUUUCUAUAAUUAUAUGCAUUCAUUUAUGCACCCAUUGAAGUCACUAAAAUUGCCAUCAUGCAACAGAAGCACUUCAGUAUUUGCAAGAUCAUAGCCUAUCUUUAUUUUGCAGAACUCAUAUUGAUGUUCAAGCCAUAAUAUAACUUGACUUUCCAAUUCCCAGCUUGGUUUAAUACACUGGUAGUUGGGGAAAAUCCUCAUUUCACUUGGAAACUGAGCAGAUUUGAUGUGGAUGUCAUCAAAAUGUAAACCUCACUGUCAUACUAGUCAAUUUUCUAAGUAGAACUGCACUUUAAACAUUUACUUGGCAAAUUUAUGUGCUUAUAGAAGAGCAAUGUUGGGGAAUAACUAAGUGUUGUUUAUAGUUAAUGUAAGCUAAUAUUAAAAUGAUGUAAAAUCACGAUGUAUUUACCACACGUCCGUAAUCUUUAAAAUAAAUGAUCAUGCAGACUCAACCUUCUAGAA